UGUUACAUACAUAUAUUGCCAGCGGUCUGUGGAUCCCAGAGAUUUAGAGCUGACCUACUACCCCUAAUAACCACUUUAAAUGAAUUAGAAUUACAUAUAUUGAUUAACGCGUAAGUUCUCCUCACAUUUCAAUACAUAAUUAAGCUAAUAGGCGAUGAGAAUAUGCAACGUUAUCGGCAAAACGAUGAUAUAUCAUGAUAUAACUCCUUAUUCAGUUAGUACUGUAAUGAAAAACUUGUUGGAGGCUUGCCAUGAGAAUCCUGUUAACGAUACGAUAAAGUUGUGCUGCGCAAAAUUAAUUAAAUUAAUGAGUUUGAUCAUUGCAUGGUGUUGGAAUGCUCUCAAGGACACUGAUUUUUUUUUUAAAUGUAACAAUGUUCCUGUUGUCUGGAGGUUCUUAAGUAAACUUUAAUGCUGUUUUUAUUGAGGACAGAGUAUGGACAAGAUGUGCGAAUGAACCCUCGCUUGGAGAAACUUGUUGAAAAAGCUCGAUUAAUAAGCAUGCCUAAAAGUACCAUGGAAAAGGCAAUCAAAACUGGUGCAGGGGCAAGGGAUAACCCCUUUGAGACUGUCUUGCUCGAAAUUAAAGGACCAGGAAGUUGUGGACUUCUUGUGCAACUGCUAACAACCAAUAAAAUCAAAGCAAAAAGUGAAAUGAACACAAUCCUACGGAAAAAAGGGGGUGUGUUUAAAGAGGCAGGAUCAGUGUCUUUUCUCUAUGAUUACAAAGGAACAAUAACCAUGGAAGAUUUUCUUUUUACGGAGGAAAAACAGGAGUUACCUGAUUAUCCUGACUAUGAGAGUGUUGAAAAGGCAGAAGAAAUAGCAAUUGAAUGUGGGGCAGAGAAUAUGUUCUUUAGUGAAUCUGAAAAUGGAACAAAAAAUAUAAAGUUCAUCUGUGCAGUGGAAGAUGUGAAACAAGUUUAUAAUGACUUAUCCAAUAAGUUCCCUGAUGGAGUUCUCUCAUCAGAACUGGAAUACUUUCCACGAACACUUGUUUCUUUGUCUGAAGAACCUUUAGAGCAAGCAGAAAGACUGAUAGAUACCCUAGAAGAUCAUUUGGAUGUAGUUAGAGUAUAUGACAAUAUCAAGGAGUUUCCUAGUUACACUUGCAAAUUGUUCUGUUCCACGUGACAGAUCUUUCUUAACUUUGGAGUUGACACAAACUGCCAUUCAUAACCCCCCAACUUAUAAGCUCUCUCUAGUUAUAGACCCAUCUACUGAUAAACGAAAAAAAUUACAGCCAGUUAUGAGCUAUAAGCCGCCCUUUAGCUUUUCUUGUUUUGAGAGAUAGUCACUUAGCACAAUGUGACAUUUUGAAGCUUAAUUCACCAGUAAAUACAAAACAUAUUACAAUCUGCACUGGGAUAAAUAAGUUGCAAUUGCUCUUACUAUUCCAGUUGUAAGCCCCCUCAGAUAUUUAUAAACUGUUCUAGAACUGCAUACAGAAUUGUAAAAGCUGAGGGCUUAUAAGUAGCAGUUUACAGUGAGCAGCAGACUGCUUAUGUUUAAAAUUUUCAGACAUACCCGAGGUUAAAUUGGCAAAAUUUAAACCAAGCCAGUUGUGAGGGGGUUCAUUUAGAAAAGUCAGAGGUCAACUGAAUUUCGUAAAUUAUUGAGCAAUCAAACUAACCAAGCAUAGAGGGAAAUAUGGUCUAUAUUGAGCAAGAGAAAUAAAGAUUGUGAGAAAGCUUCUUAAAAUUAAGUUUUCAGUGAGAAAACAUCAAUUUAAAGAAACUGAAAUUGGGCAAAUAUUUUGCAUAUCAUGCUGCAUUUUAUAUCCUCUUUAUAUCAAGGGAGUGACUGUUAGGUUGGCUUGAGUCCUAUAACCUGGAUAAAAGUGGAAAAAAAAGAGAAGAUCCUCCUAUUCAAUUCCUUGUCAUAAUUUCGUCAUGUUAUUCAUCACUUUGAAAAUAAAAGACAUGACUUGGAUCAAGGUUUGUCCACUUACCAUUUCAUAUCGAACCGGUUCUCAUGGUAUAAUUGUUUAAAAGAUAAAAGUCUUCAAAUACAAUCUAUUCAAAAUAUGUUAUUUAAACAAUUUAUUGUUUUGAACGUAAAUAUUGUCUUCCAACAUGUAAAUAUAUCAUCCUACAAAGUAAUAAAAUUUGCUGCUUAUAUAUGGA